AUGGCCGUGACGGAGAGCGUUGGUCAAAAACGGGCGACCGGUUCGACGGUGCAUGCGUUACGACUGACGGCCGACGCCGAACACUGGCCGCCCGGUGCGAAACGACCCGACGAUGCGCAGCGGACGCCCCAAACCGAUGGUCGUAAGAAUACGGAGCGCGCUUUGAGCAACGUCACAUCCACUUGCGUUUUUCGUCGGCUGGAGGACGUCGAGAAUCUUCUAGAACAUUCGAUUAGCCGCCCGCCGUAUACAGAGUGA